AUGUACGAGAAAACCCGUUUGUCAUUGGGAGGCCAAGCCCCCUCUAACUUGAAUCAAUGGCAGUCACAGCAGCAUCAGGAGCAAAGUGCGUCCGACAACUCGUCAUGUCAUGGUAGUCUCAUCAGUGCCCUGGCGCCAGAUUCUGAUUUUGGUCUCUUGUGCGACGUUUCUCCUUUCUUGGAUUUUCCCCUUCUCGACUUCGACCUCAGCUCCCAAGGUGUCUACCAGGGAAACGAUACGACAUGGAAUUUUGGUCAGAACAUGGGAGAGGGAUUGUUUGAUCAGAUUACGAUUCCUGACAUGAACACUCUGGAUACGAAUACUCAACUCGAUGUGGGAGAUGGCUUCCUAGCUCAGGAGCAGCCUCUCAUCACUGUCAACUCUUCACCACUCGAGCAACCUUCAACAUCAAGCACUCCCCACCCUCCCACUACUACCACCACCAACAAAUCUCCCUCUUCAUCUAUCCCAGGAACAUCCACCUUCUCCCUCCACCCAUCUCCCUCCUCUUCAUCAGGCUCCUCCCGGAAGCGUAAAUCGUCACCGGAAGACGAAGAGUCAGCUGUCACCCUCAAGCGUCAACGUAACACCCUCGCAGCUCGUAAGUACCGCCAAAAGCGACUAGAUCGCAUCUCGGAGCUUGAGGAGGCACUGGCUGCUAUGACAAAUGAGAGAGAUGACAUGAGACUCCAACUUGCCAGGAGAGAAGCUGAGGUGGAUGCCUUAAGAGAAAUGAUGGGGAAAAAGUGA